GUAAACAUCUCUUCACAUACCUUAUCGCUGAGGAGCAGCCGUCUAACCGUGUUGCUCUAUCCAUGGUAUCUAAAGCCCAAACAGGACAACCUCCUCACCCCCCCUCUCACUCACUCAAACACACACACACACACACGUCAAGCCUGUGUGUCAGUUUGCGCUCAUGUUGUGCACAACAACACUCUUCGUUUUCACGUAGAAGACAGGAGGAUGACAUGUGAUCACCUGAGAAGAUUGCUGGUACUUUCCGCCACGGUGUGCGCCAUGAGGGCAACCUCCAGCGUCCGAGUUGGGCGAGAUUUUGACAAGAAAGUUUCCAUCAUGCUGAAAGAAGAACCAGGAACACCAAAAUGCUUUGCAGAAGGCAGGAAGGACUUCACCUGCUUCUGGGAGGAGGAGGAGGAGGAGGAGGAGGAGAAUGCUGGUUCUGUGGAUCAGUAUUCUUUCACAUACAACUAUCAAAACGAAAACAGCAGCAGAUGCCCACUGACGGUCCACCGGGCACACAGUGGGAAGAAGCUGAUCGUCUGCCACCUGAAUCAAACUCAGAUGUUUGUCCAAAUGGACAUUGAAGUUCACCGGGAGACAAGGCUGAUACACAAUCGGAGCCUCCUCGUUGAGCUUGUCUUUCUGCUGGAUCCUCCCGCUAACGUGACCGUGAGCACCACUGGUGAGCAAGGUCAGCUGAAUGUCAGCUGGGUGCCUCCUGCUCUCAAGUACAUGGAUGACAGCUUGAUGUACGAGGUCUCGUAUGAAACGGUAGAGAGCCACGUGACACAGGUAAAGGUGGUACAAGCCAGCUCCGGGGUGAUUUUAAGGGGCCUACAGCCAGGCACUAAGUACAAAGCGCGGGUACGUGUAAAGCUGGAUGGAAUAAGCUACAACGGCUACUGGAGCAUGUGGAGUGACCCCGUGUUCAUGCAGACGCCACAUGCAGGUCUGGACACAUACUACCACAUACAACAUGAAGAUGCAGGGGGCCACUGUGAUACGUUAAAAACAACUCAACAUGCUCAUCGUGUUACCUACGCUCGUCAUGUUCUUCAUCUUACUGCUGGUGUCAUUCAUUGUUCUACUUGUGUCCAAUCGCAGGUCGGGAUUUGCAUACCACGAAAAAAGUAUCAGUUGUUAAUGUUAAGAUACGUUUACCCGCUUUUAUCGUUUCAGUUUUUUGAUAAAGAAGAUAUGGCCAACUAUUCCAACUCCAGAUGGCAAGUUUCAAGGCCUAUUUACCGAUUAUGGUGGAGACUUUCAGGAGUGGCUAAAGCAGACAAACGGGGGCCUGUGGUUGACCCCAGCGUUGUUCUACACAGAGGACUAUCCCACAUCUCUGGAGGUCCUCUCAGAGCUAAGCCUGAACCCCCCACCGCCAACUCCACCCCUGCCACCCAAAAGGUCCAGGGCUUUAGCUCUCCAAUGCAGAGAGGAGGAUAUGCAGAAGGGUCAGGAUGGGGUUCUGACAGAGAGAUGGAGAACUGCGCUACACAACCACUGGGUGACGGACUGCUUGAUGGCGCCGCAACAGUGCUCCCAGUCUUCUUUACUGGAGUCUCAGGAUGCUUAUGUCACCCUCACUGGGAACAUCCACAACCAAGACCAUAACACUCCUGAGGAGUCUUUGCCCCUUGAGGUGCUUUUUCCCAUGAAGAAGACAGCUCUAUCUGAAGCUCACUGAUCUACAGUAGGUUUGUGUGGUCAAACCAGACUCUGGGCUGUGGGGUGAAACUCCAGCUUCUCUAUGGAAUACCGUCCAAUGAGAUGAGCAGAUGACACUGGGAGAGAAGUUAUUGAUGAACCAUGGUACGGGAUGACUUCUGAGAACGAGACUGCACUGAAAUGGAUGUUCAUCACUCAAACCUGCAUGGCUUUGAAUCAACUUGAAUCCGACUAAGACUGAUAAAGACACAAUCAAGUCUUCAGUGAUCUGUUCCAAUACUUAGAAAUGAUCAUUGCUGUUGUUCUUACUGAACACUACUAUUCAGUCGAUCGGUUGGCAUAACCAUCUGGCAACCUCGUGGAAAGAAUGAAACUAAGGUCCUGGCCACAAAAUGUUGUAAGAAAAAUCAUGUCCGCAUAAUGUCGAAUCAGUAAAUAGUCACUUCCACACAGGAAUGGAUGAUUGGGUAAAAACGACAAACUAAAACUAUAGAAGAAAGAACGAAUGCACAUGAGGUCCGUCACCUUCGUAUAAACAAAAAUGUCUACUGGGAGUCAUGCCAGUUGAAUUAUUGGCUUUUCUGUAGCAGUAAACAUCACUUCUGGUCGUUCUCAGAAAGUAGUCAUUUGCUGGUCCACACGGCACCAACAAGGCGGAAUAGUCAGAUUUUCUUACCCUGCAAAAAUACCAUUUCAAUGCACUGAAACAAUGAAAUAUUUUACCGUUUUGACCUGAAAACAUUUCAGUAUGGACAGCCCGUGUUUCCACAGAAAUUCUUUUAUAUUUAAGCGAUCCUGUUGUUUAACUUCUGAAACGCUGGAACAGAGUGCCAACAUUUAAAACGCUUCUGUGCCUUACCAUCUGAAAAUAGAAGAAUUAAAAUAAAAAGUGCAAAAGGAAAAAAAAUAAAAUAAAAUGUACAAACCAUGUCAACAAUUAUCGUCAAUUCUCCUUAUGGUUCUGGCCAAUGUCACAAGUAAAUGUGCAAGCCAUGGCUAGUUUUAGUUUCGAUUAAGUUGGUGGUGUGAAAAAGUGUUUUUUGUGGGGGUUUUGGGCGUAUUUGUCACACUUACAUGUUUCGAAUAAUCAAAAAAAAUAAUAAUAUUAGUCAAAGACAACACAACUGAACACAAAAUGAAACUUUUUAUUAUUAAGGGAAAGAGAAGAAUAAUCACCUAAUAACUGGUUGGGCAACAACUGCAAUCGAGCAUUUGUGAUAACUUGCAAUGAGUCUCUUUUUGUCCCACUCAUCUUGUUGUCAUUCAGCCACAUUGGGGGGUUUUCCAGCAUGAAGCGCCUUUUUAAGGUCAUGCCACAGCAUCUCAAUAGGAUUCAGGUCAGGACUUUGACUAGGCCACUCCAAAGUCUCCAUUUUGUUUUUUUCCCAGCCGUUCAUAGGUGGACUUGCUGGUGUGUUUUGGAUCAUUGUCCUACCGCAGAACCCCAGUUGGUUUCAGCUUGAGGUCACCAACAGACGGCCGGAUAUUCUACUUUACUCUAAUUUUUUGGGAAUUCAUGGUACCAUUGAUCACAGCAAGUC